AUGUCGGCAGAGACCACCAGCACGGUGGCCAAAGUGCUCAAGCCCACCAUCCUCAUCCUCAUCGCCGUCGUUGCCAUCGCAAGUCGUCUCUUCUCCAUCAUCCGCUUCGAGUCUGUCAUCCACGAGUUCGAUCCAUGGUUCAACUACCGCACCACCCAGCACCUUGUCAAGAACGGUUUCUACGAGUUCUGGAACUGGUUCGAUGAAAAGUCGUGGUACCCCCUUGGACGCGUUGUCGGAGGCACUGUCUACCCCGGUAUCAUGGUCACCAGUGCCCUGAUCCACAAUGUCCUCCACUUCUUCAACUUCCCAGUCGAUAUCCGCAACGUCUGUGUCUUCCUCGCCCCCAUGUUCUCGGGCCUGACCGCGUUUUCAGCCUACUUGCUCACCAAGGAACUCAAGGACUCUUCAGCUGGCCUGUUGGCGGCCGCGUUCCUCGGUGUCGCUCCCGGCUACAUAUCUCGUUCCGUUGCUGGUUCGUACGAUAACGAGGGUAUUGCCAUCUUCUUGCUGGUAUUCACCUUUUACCUCUGGAUCAAGGCCGUCAAGACUGGCAGUGCUUUCUUUGGACUCUUGACUGCGCUCUUUUACUUUUACAUGGUGUCCGCCUGGGGUGGAUACGUAUUCAUCACCAACCUGCUUCCUCUCCAUGCGUUCACCUUGCUGCUUAUGGGCCGCUACUCGAACCGUCUCUAUGUCUCAUAUUCGACCUUCUACGCCGUCGGAACGCUCCUGUCGAUGCAAAUUCCCUUUGUCGGAUUCCAGCCCACUCGUACCAGUGAACACAUGGCUGCCCUGGGAGUGUUUGGUCUCCUUCAGCUUUAUGCGUUUGCAGAGUUGGUCCGUGGCCACGUCUCGCCCAAGCAGUUCAAGGCAUUGUUGAAGGGAGGUAUUGCUGCUAUCAGUGUCCUUGCUGUCAUCGGCCUGACCCUCCUCAGUCUCUCUGGAGUGAUCGCGCCCUUCACUGGCCGCUUCUACUCGCUCUACGACACUGGUUACGCCAAGAUCCAUAUCCCUAUUAUCGCCUCGGUCUCGGAGCAUCAGCCCACAGCCUGGACGUCGUUCUUUUUCGAUCUUCAGAUGCUGAUCUUCUUGUUCCCUGCGGGAGUGUACCUGUGCUUCAAGGAGCUUAAGGAUGAACAUGUGUUCAUUAUUCUGUACUCGGUCUUUGCAUCGUAUUUUGCUGGAGUCAUGGUCCGUCUCAUGUUGACGCUCACGCCCGUGGUCUGCGUGUCUGCUGCAAUUGCGUACUCGACUCUGUUGGACACCUAUCUUGAAAGGUCCGAGCAUGUUCUGGCCACGACUCUCAACGGCGCCCAGCCAGCUCGCAUCUUUCCGACCGAUGCCACUGUCUCGAGUGCGGCGGCUGCUGAUGCCAAGACUGCCAGCACUGCCGCUGGCGCCAGCGCGAGCAAGAAGUCUGGAUUGAAGGGCAGCAGCAAGACUGAGGUCAAGGCUGCAGCUAAGGAUGCGGAGAGCAAGGCCCAUGGAAAAUCUGGCGUGGCUGGUAGCGAGAGGAAGAGGUUUCCGAUCUUUAACUGGGACUCUCGGGCGAUAGUGAUCAUGCAGCUGACUUGGUUCCUGUUCAUGUUUGCGUGGCACUGCACAUAUGUGACAUCGGGAUCGUACUCUUCGCCUUCGAUUGUUCUGGCGACGCGCAAUCAUGAUGGAUCGCAGUUGAUUAUCGAUGACUUCCGUGAGGCGUACUACUGGCUGAGGAAGAACACGAAGGAGGAUGCGAAGGUGAUGUCGUGGUGGGAUUAUGGAUACCAGAUGGCAGGUAUGGCCAAUGUCACAACGUUGGUCGACAACAACACCUGGAACAACACGCACAUUGCGACUGUCGGAAAGGCAAUGGCGACGUCCGAGGAAGUCUCGUACAAAGUCCUGCGCCAGCACGAUGUGGACUAUGUGCUGAUUCUCUUUGGAGGAGUGAUCGGAUACUCGGGCGAUGACAUCAACAAGUUCCUGUGGAUGAUCCGUAUCGCUGAGGGAGUUUAUCCGAACGAUGUGAAGGAGACCAAUUUCUUCACGAGCCGUGGAGAGUACAAGGUCGACCAUGAUGCGACGCCGACGAUGAAGAACUCGUUGUUGUACAAGAUGUCGUACUACCGUUUCUCGGAACUCGCGGGUGGAAAUGCUUUGGACCAUGUUCGUCAGGCGCGCAUGCCCGCAGAGGGUCCUACUUUGAGCGUUUUGGAAGAGGCGUACACAACGAGCAAUUGGCUGGUCCGCAUUUACAAGGUCAAGGACUUGGACAACCUGGGACGCGACCUGAAGGACGCCACCGCAUUUGACAAGGGCCGCGCCCGCAAGGUGUCGUCUUUGAAGAGACGAUAA